GAUGAUGGAGCUGAUCUACCAGAAGCAGAAGGAGCGCGAAGAGCGGGAGAAGCGGGAGACCAUCGAGCGGGAGAAGCAACGCCGGAAACAAGGCCAGGAGUUGUUGCUCAUCCGCCAGAAGCUGCAGGAAGACGAGAUGAAGAAGCUGGCCGAAGAGAGGCGGAGGGAGAAGAUGGAGGAGAAGAUGGCCAAGCAGCGAGUGCGAGAGAAGAUCGAACGGGACAAGGCCGAGAGAGCCAAGAAGUUUGGCUGCAGUAGCGCAACCCAGGCCUCACCCCUGCCCGACCAGCUGGAGCCCGUGCUAAUCUCCUCCCCCAGCCAGGAGCCCCUCGUCAAGCGAGAAUACGACCAGUGCAAGAUUCAGGUGAGACUCCUGGAUGGCACCUCCCUGACUCACACCUUCAAAGCCAAGGAGCAACUGGCAGCCGUGCGGCUGUACGUGGAGCUGAACCGCCAAGAUGGCGGCGAAGACCCUUUUCACCUCCUGACGAGUUUCCCCCGGCGGGUUUUCACCGAGGAAGACAUGGAAAAGCCCCUGCAGGAGCUGGGCUUGGUGCCUUCCGCCGUGUUGAUAGUGGCCAAGAAGGGCAACAGCUGAGCGGCUCUAUUCGCUUGCGACGGUCGGUUGUGGCUUUCCCCCCUUCGCACCGGUUCUUGGAGGCUGACCUUAUAGCCCGUAGUCACUGGGUGCCACCGUAGCGCUCCAGUCCCCAAUCCCUCUCCCCAGAGACUCUUGAGACCCAGGGAUACCGAAACAGACACUAUGUGGGUAGAAGAGUUGGCGAAACCAGCGUUUGCCACUGGAUGCCCCCCCAAUGCCAGCCCCGAAUAAAAUCUCUUCACCCUGGUG